UCUGGGAUCCUGUAGCAGCUGCAGACAGGGACAGAGACAGAGGAAGGGAGAGGGAUUGAGAAUCUAAGAGAAGAUUUCCAGCCUUCAGCAACUGCGGACAAAUCUAAACAUUGCACUUUAUAAAGAGCGACAUUCAUUUUAUGUCCUUCAAGCACUGCUUUGUUCGGCUUCACUCAGAGUCUGCUCUAGGCUUCUGAUAACUCUGCUCAAAGCACAAAGACAUAAACAGGGCAAGAUGUGUCUACAUACAUGCUAUGAGCAGCAGAUCUGGGAGUUUCAUUUCAUUUAAAUAAUGGAUACAACAUAGAAGAGGAAACCAGCUGAAAAGGCAGGUGGACAGCAUUACUCUCAGUCUGAGCUGCCUGAAUCUGACCUCAACCCUGGUACUCAAAGGACAUUUCAGAAGCACUUGAGAAAGAGAUACUUCAAGAUACAAAAAAGUGGUAACAGCUGGUAAACCCCAUAUUCUGGUUAUGCCACUCCUAAGGUUUUCUGGAAACACAGCUGUGAAAGAGAAGGGCUGAGACCUCUUCACUCUGCUCAUGCUGAAACAUCAGACUGAAGCCAUGGCAGGUGGUGAGACACCCCCAGCAGGAGACAUUUUCAUCAAUCUGCAUCAGGUUGAAGAAGAUGUUGAAAGAUCUCCUUUCCAUGAAGAAGAAGAAGAGGAUGAGGAAGAAGAGCUGGCAAAGGCAUUAUCAGUUGAACGGUUUGGUGAUUUAAUUGAAUGUUCAUCUCAAGGCCCCACAAAGAAGAUGGGCCGUAGCUACAAUGAAAAGGAUUUUGAAUUUCACCGCCACACAUCCCACCAUAUUCAUCAUCCUCUGUCAUCUCACCUACCUGUGUCCUUCAAGCUUAAGAAGCUUACACACAUUGAUCGUAAGAAGAAAAAGAAACAGAAGAAAAAAAAAACGUCAGUACCACCAUCACAAGUUACACCUACAAUACAGGAAGUUGAUGAAGAGGAAGAUGAGGAAUCUGAGACAGAGAUGUUGGACAUGGAAGCCUCCACCAGCUCAGAUGUACUUGACACCCCAGUGUUUUGCAUUAAAGGAAGUGAAGAGGAAGUGAUCCUUGGUUUUCCAUUGGAUAGUGUCCAGAUGGAAACUGAGCAAACUGUUGAAAUGGGGAUACCUACAGACAACAUUCAGUUCACUGCAGAUGAAGGAAUAUCAGGAAUGAAUACCUCCUCUUCCUCAAGGUCCAGAGAUAUGCCAGGUACAUCUGCAGGAUCAUGGGAAAAGUGCAAGCAGUUGCAUCAGCUGUUGAGUGGACAGAGGAACAGUUAUGACCUGAAAGAGAGGAUGUGCAUUGGCAGCAUGACUGCACAAGACAAUUUGGCAUUUCAAAGAUUUCCCACUGAUGAAGCCGAGGCAAAAAUGCUCGCAAGUGCUGACUUGGAUGACAUGAAAAGUCACCGAUUUGAGGACAAUCCAGGAGUAAGGAGACAUUUAGUGAAGAAACCAUCAAGAAAUCAGCUUAUCAGGUCAAGCAAAACGUCUGAAACAGUGUCAUCAAUAAAGAAAAAAAAGAAGAAACCAGAUAAGAAACCUCAUGAGGUAUUUGUGGAGCUGAAUGAGUUGAUGAUGAACAAAAACCAGGAAAUGCAAUGGAGAGAGACGGCUCGCUGGAUUAAAUUUGAAGAGGAUGUGGAGAAGGAGACAGAUAGGUGGGGAAAACCACAUGUAGCGUCACUGUCAUUCCGCAGUUUGCUAGAACUCAGAAAAACAAUUGCUCAUGGAGCUGUAUUGCUGGAUCUUGAACAAACAACACUACCUGGGAUUGCUCACUUGGUUGUAGAAACAAUGAUUAUCUCUGACCAGAUCAAGGCCGAGGACAGAGCAAAUGUACUGCGGGCCCUCCUUCUGAAGCACAGUCACCCUAAUGAUGAAAAGGAGGCAUUCUUCCCCCGAAAUCACUCCACCUCUAGUUUGAAUUCAGUUCUCGGUAACCAUCAGCUUAACCACACUGGGGACACUCAAAUUCCCCUCAUGGCUGAAGAAAAGAUUGAGAUGCGUGACACCCAGAAUCUUGAAAAUAAAGAGAAAUCCUUGCAAAGACAGGCUGGCGAGCCACAUCGAAACAGGACACUGAAACUUCUAGAAAAAAUCCCAGAGAAUGCAGAAGCUACUGUCGUCCUAGUAGGAUGUGUGGAGUUCCUAGAACAGCCUGCUAUGGCAUUUGUACGUCUGAAUGAGUCAGUUUUCCUUGAGUCUGUUCUGGAAGUUCCUAUUCCGGUUCGGUUUAUCUUUGUUCUUUUAGGUCCUAGUCAGUCCAACAUGGAUUACCAUGAAAUUGGAAGAUCACUUUCCACGCUCAUGUCUGAUAAGCACUUUCAUGAAGUGGCAUAUUCAGCUGAUGAUCGUCAAGACCUGCUGAAUGCAAUUAAUGAAUUUCUGGAUGCCAGCAUUGUGAUUCCACCAUCUGAGGUAGAAGGAAAAGACCUUCUUAAAUCAGUGGCUUCAUUUCAGAAAGAAAUGUUACGGAAGAGGAAAGAGAGAGAGCUCCGUCGGCUGAUGAAGGAUGGCUUGAUACAAGAAGCUAAAGAUCUCAGUGAUGAGAAGAAAGUGGAAGCAGAAGGUAGUGAUGAUGAUCCUUUAAAGAGAACAGGAAUUGUCUUUGGAGGGUUGGUCCAAGAUAUUAAACGCAGGUAUCCCAAAUACCUGAGUGACAUAACAGAUGCCCUGCAUUCUCAGUGUAUCGCUGCUGGCUUGUUUAUUUACUUUGCUGCUCUGUCUCCUACCAUCACCUUUGGAGGACUUUUGGGAGAGAAGACACAUGGAUUGAUGGGUGUCUCGGAGAUGAUCGUGUCCACAUCGAUACUAGGAAUUCUCUUCUCUAUACUUGGCGCACAGCCUCUGCUUGUGAUUGGCUUUUCAGGGCCAUUACUUGUGUUUGAGGAAGCUUUUUACAAGUUCUGCCAUACCCAAGACAUUGAAUAUCUCACAGGAAGGGUUUGGAUCGGUUUCUGGCUUGUUGUGAUUGUCUUCAUCAUUGUGGCAGUUGAGGGCAGUUUCCUUGUUCGGUACAUUAGCCCCUUCACACAGGAAAUCUUUGCAUUUCUCAUCUCAUUAAUUUUCAUAUAUGAAACCUUCUACAAAUUGUACAAGGUAUUUACAGAACACCCUCUUCUAAAAUCCUAUCCUUCAAAACUGCAAUCCAGCUGGAAGAACAAGACUGUCUCACCAGACACCGUGGGGUACAUUACUGAGAAAAUGCAGCCUAACACAGCACUCUUGUCCCUUGUACUGAUGAUCGGUACCUUUCUUAUUGCCUUCUUCAUGAGGAAGUUUAAAAACAGUCGCUUCCUUGGAGGAAAGGUGCGACGUAUAAUUGGCGACUUUGGAAUACCUAUUGCUAUCUUGUUAAUGGUUUUGGUAGACCAUGCUAUAACAGAUACCUACCUGCAGAAGCUGAAUGUACCAUCAGGACUGUCAGUAACUUCACCAGAUAAGCGUGGCUGGUUCAUUAACCCUCUAGGCCAGAAGCAGCCUUUCCCUCUCUGGCUGAUGUUUGCUUCUGUGAUCCCAGCACUUUUGGUUUUCAUCCUCAUUUUUAUGGAGACACAGAUCACUGCUUUAAUCGUAAGUAAGAAAGAGCGUAAGUUGAUGAAAGGUUCGGGGUUCCACCUUGACUUGUUGCUCAUUGGUACUAUGGGAGGAGUGUGCGCCUUAUUCGGCUUGCCUUGGCUCACUGCUGCCACCGUCCGUACAGUUACGCAUGUGAAUGCCUUAACUGUUAUGAAUAAGGCGAUUGCCCCUGGAGAGAAGCCAAAGAUCAAGGAAGUGAAGGAGCAAAGAAUGACAGGAAUGCUGGUUGCUGUCCUUGUAGGUUUGUCAAUUGAGAUGGGGAGUGUUCUACGCCAAAUCCCACUGGCUGUAUUAUUUGGGAUCUUCCUGUACAUGGGCGUCACCUCUCUCACUGGAAUCCAGCUGUACGAGCGCUUGUUGUUGAUGUUCACACCUUCCAAACACCAUCCUGAUCAUGUCUACGUCAUUAAGGUAAAGACAUGGAGAAUGAAUCUGUUUACCAUUAUACAAUUGGCCUGCAUUGUUAUUCUUUGGGUUGUGAAGUCCACGGUGGCCUCGCUGGCCUUCCCAUUUGUACUUAUCAUGACAGUACCUUUACGCAGGUUCAUGUUGCCGCGGAUAUUUGAGGAGAGAGAGCUGAAAGCUCUGGAUUCAGAUGAUGCUGAACCAAAUUUUGAUGAAGAUGGGCAAGACGAAUAUAAUGAACUCCACAUGCCUGUAUGAUACACAACAAGUUUUAGGGUUCUUGGCAAAUGUGCUGCUUCUAACAACUUGGAUAUCCUGCCACUGAGGUGGCAAAACAUGCCGACCCUGCCUUUAUCUUACCUUUAGACUGUGGAGUCCCUGUUUCUGUAAGAGGUUCUUCUAAGCUCUGUAAGAAAAAGUAGCAAAAAAGACUGAUAGUCGUGAAGCAAAGACAAUCAAGGUGAAAGUUCUCAUGCAUAUUGCCAAAAACCAUUACCCUUCACAGACAUUAACCUCUAACCUUGGAAAGCACUGAUAGACCAUACAUUUGUCAUCUAUUUAUUUAUAUACUUUGCCUCUUAUUGCUAUGGGUCGCUUCCUAAAACAUACUGGAUGUGAUUAUUAUCUGGUUAAUGUGACCCCCCCCCUCAAAAAAGGACACUUUUGUUUGCUACAUGGUAUUUAUCCACGCUGGUGUAUUUGUAGUAAUACUUUAGUUCUUAGGUCCUCAAGAGAGUCUACAGUACUUGGGAAGAAGAAACAACCUGUUUUCUGAUAAGUAUAAACCUGUUUUUUAAUAAGUAUAUUGUCACAUUUAUUUAUUAAUGUUAUUCUUUCUGUCCCUGCAAACUGCACAGAUAUACAGAAGUGUUCCUUGACCUCUGUUUUUGUCUGUAUGGCUCAAAUUGAGCUAACUGGUAUAAACAUUUGCAGAAUCUAUUUAUAUGCAAGAUAACAACAUUUGUAGCAGGUACCAAAUGUAAUCUUAAGUCAGUUUGCAACUCUGUAUUGCCUUGGAACAUCACUUGUAUAUGCAUACUAGGUAGGUGUGCUGCUUAAGCUUGGGGCAAUUGUGUUGUGCAUGGGUGUUGAGAACAGAAUGUCACCAGACCCUGCCAACAUUAGACUGGAGUGUCACCAGAGCCUGCCACCAUUAGACUGGAGUGUCACCAGACCCUGCCAACAUUAGACUGGAGUGUCAUCAGAGCCUGCCACCAUUAGACUGGAGUGUCACCAGACCCUGCCAACAUUAGAAUGGAGUGUCACCAGACCCUGCCAACAUUAGACUGGAGUGUCACCAGACCCUGCCAACAUUAGAAUGGAGUGUCACCAGACCCUGCCAACAUUAGACUGGAGUGUCACCAGACCCUGACAACAUUAGAAUGGAGUGUCACCAGAGUAUGCCAACAUUAGAAUGGAGUGUCACCAGAGCCUGCCAACAUUUCAUAUAUUUGAACAGUUUAUCACAGAUAAAGUUGAAUCAACCAAUGUAGUUUGGUGUUUUUUCCCUGCAAGUCCAUCUUAGUCUAGAAAGGUCUAUGACUUUUACUAUUCCCUCUUCAGCAGCUAUGAAAGCUGUGACUGUGUGGUCAGUCCAUCCCAUUAAAAGGGUACUCUUGGAAAAAGGGAAGCCUACUGAGAGGUUACUAAUUCUAAGAUGACAUCAAUCUAGUUCUAUGACCCUCUGCUUUCAGAAAACAACUUAUCAUCUUCUUGUGGAAUAGGUAAGACAGCAUUCUGUUAUCAAAUGACAGAAGAAAAGUACAUAUAAUCAACCAUGAAAAGUCAAGUUAGAAGCAUGAAGACUGUGUGUGCUUGAACGUGGUGGUUCAUGGACAUUUUCCCUUUAGUCCAAACACAGAGUACCACUAGGUUUCAUUUUUUAAACAGAAAAAAUGCACUACUUAGAAAAGGCGUACAUUUUGUCACAGGGCAUGUACAAAUUCCACUGUCUUUCAAUAAAAAUAAUGAAUAAAGAAUAUGAAAGGAACAGAUCUCUUAAGUAUUUUAAUUGAAUGAUAACUUUCUGGUGACAUUUGGUUAGUAGGAAAACAUCAUCUGUAGCUUAAUAGUGCCAGUGUGGUCAGCAGGUUUGCAAAAGUAAAACAAAGACUGUAUCAAGCAGCGUGUCUUCAUUUCCCGGAUAACAAUGCUCACAUCACAGAGGUUGAUUGCAGUUAAAUGUCAGUUAUUUACUGUCUUUGUUAAUGUUUUGUAAGGACAACUUAUUUAUUGUACAAUUUGUAAGUAAAUGCACUGCACUUUUAUGUAGAGAUGUAUUGGCGUGCCAAUUCUGGUAAAUUUUCCUAGUAAAGUAUUUAAAACGAAACAGCAGUAUGUUCUGCGAAGUAAAUGUUUGCCUUUUA